UUUAAGGAAGUUUGUAACCUUGGAGCAAUGGAGUCAGGUGGCUUUAAUUACAAGGUAGUCUUUGAGAAGGAUGGUGUUAAUCUUCAUACAAGUGCGAAGAAACAUGCAGACCACAAUUCCUUAAUCCCUGGUGUUCUUCGUAUAGUGGAAAAGGAUCACAAAGCAAAAUUAGAGUGGACACCCAUAGGAGAAGAAAAGGGGUCUAUACCUCAUGUUGCUUUCACUAAGAAGGAUUGUACUCAAGCUGGCUAUAGUCCAUCCGAGGAAGAGGCAACAUUUGAUCCUGGGUAUGAACCCGACUGGGCAGUGAUCAGCCCUGUGAGGACUUCCCCACGUGGCAAGAGUACAUUGAGUCCUGAGGUGUGUGGAAAGAGCAUUAAAGAAUCGGGAAACUGGCAGCCGUUUUCACUCCCUGUCUCAGAGCUCUACUCAGUUCGCCGCUCUAGCUACCCCUUACGCCGUUCAUUUAUCAUUUUGACCUCUUGUGGGGGUGAACCUCUUCCUGCACUUCAUUUUCACAAGGGAGGAACGAAGAGUUUAUUGCAAGUCCUACAGAGAUAUGUCAUGUUAACUCCUUCCCCUGUGGACUCCCGUUUGUUUUUGGUACACUCCCAUGAUUCUGGUGCUCUCUCACAGUCAUUUGAUGAACUGCAGUUGUUUGAUGAUGGCACACCAGAUCUUGUCUCUCGUUUUAUACAGGAUCCUUACACCACCACUUUUAGUGGGUUUUCCAAAGUGACUAAUUUCUUUCGCGGAGCCUUGCGACAACCUGAUUCUAGAUUGGGACGGCCUGGAAUUGGUUUUGUUGGAUCUGAUGAUGAACCAGGAUUUGAACUUAUUACCUGUGAGGCAGUACUUGGACCUCGACCAGUUGUGCAGAGAUUAGAACCUCUAAAUGGAUGGAAAGAGUUAUUAGACUCAGAAGGCAGGGUCCAGAAUCCAGAACAAGUAAAAGAAUGCAUAUUUAAAGGGGGUGUUGCUCCUGCCCUUCGACAUGAAGUCUGGAAAUUUCUGUUAGGUUUUUACCCAUGGAAGAGCACUGCACAAGAGAGGGAAGAAAUUCUACAUCAAAAAACGGAUGAAUACUUUCGAAUGAAGGUUCAAUGGAAGUCUGUGAGUGAGGAACAGGAGAUGAGAAACUCACUGUUGAGAGGAUACCGAAGUUUGAUUGAACGUGAUGUCAGCCGCACUGAUCGCAAUAAUCGAUUUUACUCAGGAAAUGAAAAUCCUGGUUUGACUCUUCUCAAUGAUGUUCUGAUGACCUACUGCAUGUACAACUUUGACCUAGGUUAUGUCCAGGGAAUGAGUGACCUGUUAUCCCCCAUUCUCUUUGUCACCCAGAAUGAAGUUGAAGCCUUCUGGUGCCUUGUGGGAUUCAUGGAGAUUGUGCACAGCAAUUUUGAAGAAUCACAGGAAGGAAUGAAACAGCAGCUCAUCCAUCUGAACAUUUUGUUAAGGACUAUUGAUCCUGAGCUUUGUGACUUUCUGGAUUCCAAAGACUCUGGAACACUUUGCUUCUGUUUUCGAUGGCUCUUGAUUUGGUUUAAACGGGAAUUUUCAUUCCAGGAUAUUCUGAAUCUCUGGGAGGUUUUGUGGACAGGUCAUCUUUGUGUAAAUUUCCAUUUGCUUGUGGCCUGUGCAAUUCUGGAUUCCCAGCGAGAACUGCUGAUUGGUUCAAAUUUUGAUUUUAAUGAAAUUCUCAAGCACAUCAAUGAACUCACCAUGAAGCUAGAUUUAAAAGAUAUUCUCUGCCGAGCUGAAUCAAUUUUCAAGCAGCUUGAAGCCUGUCCGGAUUUACCCAGUAAAGUUAGAGUUGUGCUGGGUCAAGCUAGCCCAUCUGAAGAAGUAGGAUUUGACAGGACAGAAAACAGCACUUCUAGUUCUGAGGAUACACAGCCUGGGUUGCCUUUAUCAGAAGCCCAAACCUCUAACACAAGCCCAACAGAGAGCAGCAUUGAGGUGCUCCCCACACCUCCAUCUGAGCCGUAAAAUAUUGAAAAUGAGAAAUGACAAGCCCUUAACAGAGACUAAUGCAUGCACACACUUUGUGACUAAAGCGUUUAAUCAACUGCAACUUUAGAGAUGCCACCCUAAAUACAUAUUUUGAAAUGACAUAAUUUUUGUUUUUUUUGUAGUGAAUAUGCUCUGGCGGUUACAAAUUUAAAGCAUAGUUUUUGAUUUAAAAGACGCAGGAUAUGCCAAAUAAAAUAUAUGCAAAACUGUUGUAUAAUUUAAAAUACGCCUCUUUGUAGGAUGCUUAUGUUGCAUGUUUUAGGACAAUAUUUCCAUUCCAUUUUUUAUUUGUUUUUUCUUCUCCAGUUUGUUUCAAUAUGCUACAACCACAUAAAAAUUACCAUUUACUGUGUACACACUAUUUUUGAAACACAUUAAACUAAAAUUAUGUUGCUUUUAUGAUUUCUCUGUUAUUGUAAAUAAAACUCACUGUAUUCUUAUACUGUA